GAGGGAAGGAAGUCAGCAGCCCAUGUUAGGAAAUGUUCUCCCUGGAGCUCUGCUGCAGUCAGCCGGACAGAUCACACUGACAGGAUCUCUCUCUCCAGGACGGAUCAUUAUAAUAAUAAUACUAUAUAAUAAUCAUUCACCAGCAUGGCUCAAGCUAAAAUACAGGCGAAAAUGAACGAGGCUCCGUGCAGCAAGUUCAGCAGGACUCUGUCCAUGGCAGACCGAUCAGGACAACUCCUGGAAAGUUUGGAUGACCUGGAAAUGAGGGUGGAGUCUUUACGCGAAACAGCCUCUGCCAUGGAGCAGGAGAGGGAGUGCAUCCUGGAAAUGAUCCAAUCCAUUCAGAACAGCCAGGAACUGAGAAACAUCUGUGCUGGGGAGAGAGAAGAGUUAAAUCUAACUGCAAACCGUAUAAUGGGCCGGACGCUGUCUGUGGAGAUCUCUGUUGGCACAAUGCGAAACUCCCAGCAGGAGGAGGCGCUGCGCCAGGCCACAUCUGUAAUCGAUGAAAUAGUGAAGAAGAUACUGGACGACAUGGACAGCGGGCGGCGGCAGCUGCUGGCCCUGCACGCGGCCUGCGUGACCGAGGCCCCGCCCGUCCCCAUCGACCAGAAGUUCCAGGCCAUAGUGAUCAGCUGCGCUCUGGAGGACCAGAAGAAGAUCAAGCGGAGGCUGGAGACUUUGAUGAGGAACGUUGAAAAUGCUGAAAAGAACAUCAAGAUUAUGGAUCACCAAAAACUGGAGGACCCAAAAGCCAAUGGCUGCCAAUAAGGCUUCAAAACAAAAACAUCAAAUAUGUCUUUAAUACCACUAACCUCACCAAGAACUGUCAUAAUCCUGUACUAACUUUUAGAGGGACGCUACAUGUAGCAGCAAGACUAGUCCCUAUCUGAACCUUAGGGACAAAAAUACAGUAAAGCACAACAGACACCGUAAUUCUCCCUGAAAGAAUAUUACAGUGAUUUCUGGGCAGUAUCAAGUUUUACCAUCAAUUUAUUGUAAGUUACACUGACCUACACAAUGUGUGUUCACUGGGCACUGAAGUAAGUAAAGAUGCAAUGGCGUGGUGCUCCAUUGGAGGUUUGGUCAUAGUUUAUUGUAAAACCCAGUGCAUCACAAAAAAAUGUAUCUAACGUUGAAGUAUCUUUUUUUCUGUUUCAUUGUCUCACCUUUUAAAUCAGGCACUUGGUAACGAUUUUGGAUGUGCGUACACUACCUCUGUGUGUGUGAAGGCAACACCAAUCACAUUAAGCUGUGGAUUUUAGUUCACAUUUGCACAAAGCAGUUAUGAUGUCAGAUUAUGUGUCAGAAAUAUAAAUAAACUUGAAUUAACCACCUUG